CAUCGCAGUGAUUUCUGGGAAGUUCUGCAGAACUGGGCCUAGGGCUUCUUUUCCCACCAACUCCUCCCGCCUCUGCACGUUCUGCCCUGAGCCCUCGGCUGACCCCUAUCAUGGCCCAGAAGAUGAAGGUUGACCCCCACAUCGGGCGCCUGGGCUACCUGCAGGCCCUGGUCACCGAGUUCCAGGAGACGCAGAGCCAAGACGCCAAGGAGCAGGUGCUGGCCAACCUCGCCAACUUCGCCUAUGACCCCAACAACUACCCCUACCUGAGGCAGCUGCAGGUCCUGGAUUUAUUCCUCGAUUCGCUGUCAGAAGACAACGAGAACGUGGUGGAAUUUGCACUGGGCGGCCUCUGUAACCUGUGCCCAGACAGAGCCAACAAGCAGUACAUUAUUCAGACAGGGGGCAUCCCCCUCAUCAUCAACUGCCUCUCCAGCCCCAAUGAAGAGACGGUAUUGUCGGCUAUCACCACCUUAAUGGCCCUGAGCUCGCCAGGCUCUGGUGCCCCAGCUGAGCUCACCGCCCUGCCCGUGGUCCAGUGCAUGCUGCGCUUCUCAAUGUCGGCCAGCACGCGGCUCCGCAACCUUGCCCAGAUCUUUCUGGAAGACUUCUGCUCCCCCAGCCUGGUGGCCGAGGCUCGAAGCCAGGACGCACACUCUGCCCUAGGCAUCCCGCUGCCCCCAGCCGAAGGUCCCCAGCAGUCCUGAGCCAAGCUGAGCAUCCACUGGGAAGCCCACACUAAGGAUCCUCUCAACACCGUGGAAGA